AUGACGAAUCGCUUCGGACUCCUGGUCCUUGGACCUGCAGGCUGUGGUAAAACAACGUUCUGUUCAGCCUUAAUAUCAUAUCUACGAGAUUCGAAACGAGCCUGCAAAUAUGUCAAUCUCGAUCCGGCGGCUGAGGACUUUGAGUAUGAACCUGAUGUAGAUAUCAAGGAUUUGAUCAGUUUGGACGAUGUGAUGGAGGAGAUGAGUCUUGGUCCUAAUGGUGGACUCAUAGCAUGCUUUGAGUUCUUACUAGACAACCUAGAUUGGUUGGAUGAAGAGCUCGGAGAAGGAGAUGAAGAGUCAUUAGUGGUUUUCGACUGUCCCGGCCAGAUCGAAUUGUAUUCGCAUAUACCGGUGUUACCGACCUUAACAAAACACUUACAACAGCACCACUCCUUCUCACUUUGUGCAUCAUACCUCAUCGAGUCGACCUUCGUCGUCGACCGGGCUAAAUACUUCGCUGGAACACUAUCAGCCAUGUCGGCCAUGAUCAUGUUGGAAAUCCCACACAUCAACAUCCUCUCCAAAAUGGAUUUGGUCAAAAAGCAGAUUACAAAACGAGAGAUGAAGAGAUUUGUCGACCCGGAUCCGAAUUUGCUUUUAGAGGAUGCAAGGAAGGAUACAAAUGAGAAGUUUUGGAAGUUGAAUGAGAAGGUGGUGGAUUUGAUUGAGGACUUUAGCAUGGUUAGCUAUUUGAAGCUGGAGGCCGGGGAUGAGGAUAGUGUGGCGGCGAUUUUGAGUUAUAUUGAUGAUUGUUUGCAGUGGAGUGAACAUCAAGAGCCGAGGAUGAGGGAUGAUGAUGAAGGUGUCAGAGAUGAGGAAUUGGAGGGCUAG